AUGGUGUUGAUUUCAGAGUACAAGAAGGCUAAGGAACAACAUAAGAAGCGCAAUAUGCGAAGAAGAAGUUAUUUGAAUCUUGCCAUGAAUGUAAUCAAGGAGUUUGAGCAUCCAUCGAUUCAAGGAAAAACCAUGUAUUCAUCUGUCCUUGGUGGUUCAAACGAAGGAGGAAAGUGGAGAAGUAUUGAUAGUGCAGCCAACACUGAUGGUCCAACGACCAUGAGUGACCUACAUGCCUUUAUCGAAGCCUUUAUCUCAUCCAAGAAGGCUGGUACACACUCUCUUGACUCUAAACCGAUCAUUAUAGAUUCAGGAGAAAGCCAUCACAUGAUUAGUGAUAGGAACUUGAUUAGUGAUGUUCAGUCAGCCUCAGGUAAUGUUCUUAUAGCAAAUGGUGAUAAGGUUAAGAUAAAAGGAAUAGGGAACCUUAGGUUGUUUGAUAGGGAAUCAACCGCCUUGUAUAUGCCUCAGUUUACAUCAAAUCUGCUAUCAGUGAGGAAGGCUACAGUAGAUCUUAGUUUUCAGGUUGUCUUCAGACCAGAUGGGAUUAAAUUUCAAGACUUAAAGACAGGCCAUGUGAUUGGAAAAAGGCACAUUCACAACGAACUCUAUCAUCUUCAGAAGACAGGGGUGUCUGGACCAUCUACUUCUCGUUUUUUGGCCAUUACCUCCAGCGGGGUUGAUAGCACGUUAUGGCAUGCUAGGCUUGAAUAUCCUCAUACCAAAUCCAUAAACCUGAUGCUUCCAGAGAACCACAAAUACUUUAUCACCUUCGUUGAUGAGAAGUCUAAAUACACUUGGGUGACACUGAUUCAGUCUAAAGACAGGGUGUUGGAUGCUUUCAAGAAUUUCUAUACCCAUAUCUGCAACCAUUUCAACGUCAAGCUGAAAAUUCCAAAGACUCCAACUAAAGUCCCCAAUGACCUGUCUCUAUUUGAGGUCCUAAACAAGACCAAGCCAUCUUUGGAUCACUUGCGUGUAUUUGGGUGCCUUUAUUUUAUGUUGAUACUAGGGGAGCAGAGGAGAAAGCUUGAUGCUAAAAGCUCAAAGGCUAUGUUCAUUGGCAUUAGCCAGCCUCAGACCAGUGGAGUACCAAGAACUUCUCCAACACCUCCAGUUGUUGAUGAAGUUGCACCAAGUGUAGAAAUAGUCAAUCAUGAUCCUGAAGGGGCCGCAACACAAGAUCAAGAUGGAGCUGAAUCUGAUCAGUCUAGUGAAGAUCAGUGUAGUGGAGAACAAGGGCAAGAAGAUGCAGUGGUAGAAGAGCAACAGAUUCAAUCUUUGAGAAGAAGUACUAGAGUGAAGAAACCAUCCAAGUGGGUCGACACAAGAGUAUACUUCAACAGCAAUGCAGUGGCUCAUCCUAUCCAAACAACAUGUUCUUUGGCGAGUUACCCUCAAGAGCAUGUAGUCUUCACCAGCAAUCUAGAUCAAGAGUACAUUCCAAAAACUUUUGAAGAGGUAAUGGAACUGGAUGAGUGGAGAGAUUCAGUUAGAGAUGAAAUCAAUGUCAUGAUCAAAAAUGAUACUUGGUAUGAAACUGAGCUUCCCAAAGGAAAGAAAACAGUAACAAGUCGCCUUCUCUUCACCAUUAAGUACUUAGCUAAUGGGAAACCAGAAAAGAAGAAGACAAGGCUGGUUCCAAGAGGAUAUAUUCAAGUCUAUGGAGAAAACUAUCUAGAUUCCUUUGCACCAGUAGGUAAACUCCACACUAUAAGGAUUCUACUUUCCUUGGCAGUCAACUUGGAGUGGGAUUUGUUGCAGAUGGAUGUUAAGAAUGAUUUUCUCCAAGGAGAAUUGGAGGAUGAGGUUUACAUGAGGCUACCUCCUGGUAUGGAAGACUUUGUUAAACCAGGGAAUGUCCUUAGAUGA